AUGGGUGAGAUACCGGGUGCUUUUGCCCAGGUGUUUAAUCUUAGCACCAGUAAUGAAGGGUUUUUGGCUGAACCUUUGGAUUUGGGAGAUGUUGCGAAGGGUAUGAUAGCUGUGACACUUAAUCUAGAUACGAGGAAGGCCAUUCGGGCAAGGUGGACACACGCCAUUAUUGUUAAAGUCUUUGGAUGGACGGUGGGUUUCCACUUCCUCCAUGCUAAGGUUAGGAACCUUUGGAAACCGGUGGGUAGAUUGGACUGUGUUGAUUUAGGCAAAGAUUACUUUCUCAUCAGGUUUGGCCUCGUUGAAGAUUACGAUAACGUUAUCAAAGGGGGGCCGUGGUUUGUGGGUGGGCAUUUCCUCACCAUCAAAGCGUGGGAACCAAAUUUCAGGCCUUCCAAUGCCACAUGCAAUCUUGUCGCAGUAUGGUUGAGAUUACCGGAGCUCCCAUUUGAGUUCUACGACCCGGGGUUUCUCAAAGAAAUCGGUAGUGCCAUUGGUCCUGUGCUUCAGGUUGACUCGCAAAUGGCGACAGAGGCCAGAGGGAGGUAUGCACGAAUCUGUGUGCAAGUGGACUUGAAUAAACCUCUCAUUAGGAGCAUCCUGCUUGAAGGUAUGAUUCAGGAAAUUCAAUAUGAAGGCAUUAACACAUUGUGUUUCUCUUGUGGUCACGUAGGACACCAGAAAGAGGGGUGUCCCUAUUCUGUUAAGACAAACGCUCCUACCCCCACGCCAGAGCAGGAGAGCACGCUUGGGGAAGAGGAAGUUGACGUGAUGGCAAGUAACAACUUCCAAGAGGUGGGAACUAGUAAUGUGAAUUUGAAGGAUGAGUAUGGCCCUUGGGUUCUUGUCAGAAGGAAGAAAGUAGGACCAAAAGGUUGUACUUCAUGUAAUCCUAGUAAAAAAGCUGAUGUGGGCACUAUGCAUGGGUUUGUCCACCAGUCUAAAGGUAUUGGUUCUCAUGUGACUUCUUUUAGUCCAAAAAGUAAUGCUAGAGGAGCCCGUGGACCUGUGGAUGGUUUAAGGAGUAAGGGCAAUUUUGGCAACACAAAAUAA